AUGAAAGAAAUUCUUACCGCAAAGGCGAUUGAUCUACCGCAAUCAUUAUUAACAUUACCAACCCGUGAUCGCAAUCGAGCUCCGAAAAACAACAAUAAGAACAUGACACCAACCACAGCUGACGAUCCAUGGUGGAAUGCAUUUGAGAAAUCGCUACAAAAACAAAAAUGCGAGUUCACAACAGGGAUUUUCACUGGCGCCACUGACUCUCGUUUCAUACGAGCGCUUGGAUACAGAUCAAUAGGGUUUUCACCAAUGAACAACACACCGUCACUGCUACACGACCACAACGAAUAUUUGAAUGAAAAAGUGUAUCUUCGUGGGAUUGAGAUCUACGAGACAUUGAUAGAUAACCUAGCAAAUGUUGAAGAAUAG